GAUUUUCAGAAUUUAUUUCUCACGCCUUAGCAUCUGCUCCGAGAUCCAGCUGGAGUCAAUGAUCUAUCCAUCUGAUACCGACCAAGUGUGUGCCGUUCUUUGGGAAUUCGUAUCAAUACGAGAACACACCGGGAUGAUUAUGGCAUGAAGUUGAGUUGGGAAGAACAGAUUUUAUCAGAAAUUCUAUGUCAAAAGGACAUAAAGAUAUCUCAUUUAGGUAUGGUGGAACAGAAGCUGAAGCACAAGAAAGUUCUUAUCAUCGUUGAUGAUGUGGUCGAUCUUGAAUUACUAAAGACCUUGGUGGGACAAACUAGAUGGUUUGGAUCUGGGAGCAGAAUUGUUGUGAUAACUCAAGACAGGAAACUUCUAAAGUCUCAUAAGAUUGACCUUAUUUACGAGGUGGAGUUCCCAUCGGAAGAUCUGGCUCUGCAGAUGUUCUGUCGAUCUGCUUUUGGGCAAAACCUUCCUCCUUAUGGUUACAGGGAACUCGAAGUUGAAGUUGCAAAGCUUUCGGGUAAUCUUCCUUUGGGUCUCAAUGUCUUUGGUUCUUCUUUGAGAGGGAUGGACAAGGAGGAGUGGGUGGAGAUGCUACCUAGGCUCCGAAAUAGUUUGGAUGGAAAAAUUGAGAAAACAUUUAGAGUCAGCUAUGAUGGGUUAGAUGGUGAAGAUCAAGAUUUAUUCCUUUCCAUUGCAUGCUUAUUCAGUGGUCGUAAAGUCAAUCACAUAGAAAACUUGCUCGGAGAUAGUGCUAAGAUUGGGCUUAGAAUGCUUGCUGAUAAGUCUCUCAUACGUAUAACACCAUCAGACGAGACUGUUUCUUUUCUAUCUAUGCAACCAGACAAGACUGUUCAAAUGCACAGUUUGUUAGAGAAGUUAGGAAAAGAAAUUGUUCGUUCAGAGUCCAUUAACAAUCCAGGAAAACGUCGGUUCUUGGUGGAUGCAGAGGAUAUUUGUGAUGUACUUACCGAUCAUACUGGCACAGAGAAUGUUCAUGGCAUAUAUUUUAACAUGUCAGAAAUCAACGAGCCGUUGUUUGUAGAUGAAAAUUCAUUCAAAGGAAUGCGUAAUCUCAAAUUUCUAAACUUUUACAAAAAGAGGUCAAGGGAGACUGGUGAAAACAGAUUGUAUUUACCUCGAGACCUUGUUCAUUUUCCUCGUAAAGUCAGAUUGCUACAUUGGGAUGAAUAUCCAUCCAAGAGUAUGCCUUGUAACUUCAGGGCGUAGAAUCUGGUCAAAAUCAAAAUGAUUGAUAGUAAGCUUGAGAAGCUGUGGGAAGGAACUCAGCUUCUUCGAAGUCUCAAGAAGAUGGAUAUGCGUUGGUCUGCAGAUUUGAAAGAGAUUCCAGAUCUUUCAAAAGCCAUAAAUCUCGAGAAAUUGAAUCUUCGGGGAUGCACAUCUUUGGUGACACUCCCUUCCUCAAUUCAAAAUCUGAAUAAACUGCGGGUAUUAUCAAUGAAGGGAUGCUCAAAGCUUAAGGUUCUGCCCGCUGAUGUCAACUUGAAAUCUCUUGAAAGCCUCGAUCUUAGAGGAUGCUCUAAGUUGAAAAAAUUUCCUCGGAUAUCAAGGAACAUUUCAGAGCUUUUUCUAAGUGAAAAUGCGAUAGAAGGAGAAGAAGAUUGUUUCUGGAUUGAGAAUCUCUCUCACCUUGUUGACCUCUACUGGUAUGGUGUUCCAAUGAGAUGUAUGCCUACCAACUUUCACCCUGAAUAUCUCACUGAACUUGAAAUGAGCUCUAGCAGGCUUGAAAAGUUAUGGGGAGGUGUUCAGUCGCUUGGAAGUCUCGCAGGGAUGGUUUUGUCAGGAUGUGAAAGCCUGAAAGAAAUUCCAGAUCUUUCAAAGGCCACCAACCUUAAAUUGAUGGAACUCGACAAUUGCAAAAGUUUGGUGAUGCUUCCUUCUUCAAUUAGGAAUCUCAAAAACUUGACGAUCUUGAGCAUGAAAGGAUGCAUAAUGCUCGAGGUGCUACCAACAGACGUCAACUUGGUAUCUCUUUGUGACCUCGAUCUCAGAGGAUGCUCAAAGUUGAGAAUUUUUCCUCAGAUUUCAACUAGAAUAGAAAAUCUCUAUCUAGACGACACUGCGAUUGAAGAAGUUUCUUCCUGGAUUGAGAAGAUGGGGCAUCUCGCUAAACUAACGAUGACUCGGUGCAAGAAGUUAAAAAAUGUCUCCCCAAAUAUUUUAAAGAAGAUACGUAUUAAUGCAGACUUUUCAGACUGUGGAGGAAUCACAACAAUGCAUGAUCAGUUACCAACGACUAUUACUUCUCAGAUUGUGGAGGAAGUUAUUCCAUAUCAUCUGAGUUCCGGCAUGCCGAAUUUCAAUAAUUGCUUCAAUUUGGAUAGAGAUGCACAGGAAUUCAUCCUACAAUCAGUCUUCUUAUGUGCUGUUUUACCAGGUGGAGAAGUGCCUACGUAUUUCACAUAUCGAGCUUGUGGAAGUUCCCUGACUAUCCCUUUAUCUGAGAGCUCUUUUUCUCUUAAAGCUUGCAUUGUGAUUGGACCUCCAACUCACCCCGAAGAUCGUCAUGCAGACAUCGGAGUUCGCUGGUUUUUUUCGAGGCAAAAAAGGCAUAAUUCCUUUUUGCAAUGAACUGGCCUCAUGUAAUAUGGAUCUUCUGGCUUCGUUCUUGUUUCAGCUCUCUGAACAAGAAUUCGUUGAAUCGCCAUCUGAACUGAACGACAACGGUGUACAACUUGAGUUUUACUACCACAGCUAUGCUUGUUCCUGCGACAACUUUGGCCCUGACCGCAACACAGAAGCUUGUUGCCUUUUACCUCAGAGGAUUAAAGGAUGCGGAGUACGACGGGUCGUGAAGUUCUCUUCCUUAAGGGAUGGGAUAUCAGAAAUAGAGGACAACCUAGAGUCCAGAGAGAGUGAUGAAGACUGUGAUAGAAGCAAGAAGCGGAUGCGGAUGACAGUUGCAACAUCUCAAGAACCUUCCAACUCUCUCUACGGCCAAACUGCAGUUAACUCGGAACUGAUGGCUCCGGAAUUGGAGCUUUCCUUAGGGCUGGUUGGAGUUUCUGCUCUGGUAUCUUCUAGAAGCAAGGUGCCCUCACGAUCAAGGAGCUUCCAUGAUGAUGAUGGAGUAUCACUGUCUCUUUCCCUUACUCCUUUUGAUCCCUGUCUCGAGAGAGAAUCUUCGUAUUUUGAUCCCAUGAUAAUCGAACUACAAGACACAGGAACACCCAUCGAGGAUCCUUCAUUGUCUCUGCAGACUGUAAACUUUUUAAGGUAAAUGAAACAUUUUACAACUCUGUUUUUUUAUCCUAUUUGAGGAUCAACUUGUGAUCAUCUCCCAUGACUAUUUAGAUAAUCACACAUUCACACUAUGUUCUUUUGGUUUUGUAUAGUCAGAUCAUAUUCCAGUUUAUUUCGGAUUAUUCAA